UGGAUCGACCGUCGCAAGGAAACCCAGUAGAAAAGCCAGCCUGGGGGAGAGAAGAAUGUCGAUACAGUAGCAUGAGAUUCCAAACAAUCAAGGAACCCUCAUACUCCUCACCAUGGAGCCACACUGGUCUUGGUGGAUGUCGUGAUGUAUUCAUCAAUCCUCUCAUCUUUCAGGAACGAGCUGUUCAUUAAUACAAGUUAAAACAAGUGUUGUUUCCUGGUGAGCUGGUGCUCUUCCAGCUGUUCGGCCUUAACUCAAAGGUCCAAGUCUUUCUUUAAUACUGGAUCCUUGAAUCUCCCCUCCUCUCUCUCUUAUGGUUUGGGUGUCUGAGGUCUCAGAGUCCUUCAGAUCGUUUCUUGAUGCUGAUGACCACAUUUCUGUAUGUAAUUUAAUUUUGGUGCAAUUUCGUCAAUUGGAGUGUUACUUGCUGGGAUUGAUGUUGUAGAUUUUAGCUCAGGGCGUGGAUGGUGGAGGAUUUAGGGGUUAGGGUAUUGGUGUCGGUGGUUCUUGCUGCGGAAUGUUGCCGUUGGAUGUUGCGUUUUGGAGAGGAAGAAUUUCGGGAUUGUGGGUUGUCAAUUCGUGAAUGAGAUCUAGGGGAUAAGGCAAGCAUGCCACGAUGGUCAAGGGCUACGGCAUGGUGUGACCAUUACGAUGCUGUGCAGUCGUGCGCUGUCGUGCUCCUUUACAUACAGGUGGCUUGUGCAUUAAUUGGAUCGUUAGGGGCUGUUUACACCGGAAUUGUGUUGGCCAACUUCACACUCGCUUUGUUCGCCUUGGUUGCGAUUGAGAGCGGCAGUCAAAGCCUAGGUCGAGCUUAUGGAGGAUUUUUGGCUCUUGCUCUCCUCCUUGACAUUGUUUGGUUCUGCCUCUUCACCAUCGAAAUCAGGCACUCCUGGAAUGAAACGCAGCUGGGAAAGUUCGGAGCCUUCUCUGUAAAGCUAAUGUUCUGUAUGCAAGCUUCAGGAUGUGGACUGCGCCUCAUUUCCUCCUUCCUGUGGUGUCAGAUGUACAGACUUCGUGCAAUAUCAGAGGCAUUGAGUUUGCAAGAGCGAGCCGAGUUUCAUGGCAGAAAUUCAAUGUCAAGUCUUCGUAAGCUGAAUGAUUCAGUAUUAGGGGAUGACGCAGAAUCUGAACUGCUUGGGGGAUCGAUUUACGACACAGCUGCCUUUUCCUCUCUUUUUGAAAGUUUCAAUCUUCAAAGCGACCUUGACGUUGAGAGUAAUGGGCAGAGGUCUGAGGACGAGAGGCCACUUCAAACUCCGCUGCUACUUCGUUAGUCCUGAUUAGAGGAGUGAUCACGUUCAUUCUCGUUUGUAGGAUGCAUUCUUGAGACGCAGCAUCAAGUAUGACUGGCGUUUAUCAGCCAUAGCAUAUCACUUCAUUCACUAUGGUGACUUGCUGUACAUGAUUUGGGCUUGCGUGUUAAGCUUUUAUACUUUCCAGCUAAUUUGAUUUUCUACAAUUAUUUUACUAUGUAGAAGAUUCUUAUGGUUCGACUUGGUACACUUUUUGCAAUUCAAGAGGUGAGCCGGCGAUUUUAGUCAAGCCAAACAGACAAUAUUUUGAUAUAUGCUGGGGCUGUUAAGUCACCCAUAUAUUUCAGUAUGA